AUAAAAAGGGUUUUCUAAGCUGAAAUCUUCAUUAAAAACAGCAACAUUCUCAACAUGAAAGUUUUAUUUGCGGCUCUUGUUGUACUCGUAAGCCUGGCGAUGACGAAAGGCAAUACUAUAGAUAUAGGUUGGCAACUGAUGUGUAAAAUGAAAGAGGAGAAUCCUCAAAAAAUUAACGAGGUGAGAAAGUGCUUCCAAGAAAUGUUUCGUGGAAAGAAAGAAUGGUUUCCAGCUGCAAUUCGAGAGUGUGAAAGUUCAAAGUUUCCUAACAAGAAUCUGGCUGACUUCUUCAAAGUAAUGUGUAGCAAAGAAAAAGAAGCGGAUGCUCAGGAAGUGAGAAAAUGUAUGAAUGGGAAAUUUUUAGAAGCCCACGAGGAUUCAGAAUAUACUCUCACUGAAACGAUUAAGAACUGUUUCUGAAGAGCUUCAAAGGAUCGCUAACAGCUGACGAAGACCAGCAUCUACAUAUUACCUAUAAUAUAAUAAUCUGAAUCUCUCAUGGUUUCCUUUGGGGGGGGGGAUAUGUUUAACUCUCAUAUACCUUUAUCUCGAAAAUAAAACUCUUAUAAAGCAGCAAAA